AAGCUGUCCCGAAUGUCGACUUCGCUAUGAAUUUUCUGGAUCUUCCUCACGAACUAAUAGACUUUAUACUGCAAAAUGACGUUUUAAAUGGAAAAGAUAUUUGUUAUAUUUCACAAACAUGCACAAUCAUCAAUGGUAUCUGUCAAAGUAAGGAGCUGUGGAGACAGAAAUUGCAACAGAGAUGGCCUGGUUUGUUACAACGCUACAGCAGAUCUCAGCAAUACGAUUGGUCAUCUGAAUUCAGAAAGUGCUAUAUGGUAGGACAGAAAGUGCGGAGCAUGGUGGAAAAAUUGUCCCCAACAUAUUACAGCUGUGAAGAGGUCUCUGAGGAAGGCUUUGAAGAUUUUAUAAAACUUUUAGACGAGUGCAAUGCUGGAGAAAUUGUACUGAACUCAUUAAUGGAAAUUUUCCAUGACCAAAAAAGUCACUGCAACCUUACCAACAAGUUUUAUGCAGCAAAAGUUUUAAGAAAUAUUCAGCACCAUUACCUACAGAAGAAAUGGAUAACCCACCUUGACCAACAUCCUAAUGAUCAAUGGCUUGAAACCGGUGCAAUCCUCUUGUCACAAUGGUGUCAGCCAACAGAGAACAUUAAAGAAAACAAUGUGUAUGAUUUGCUUGACAAAAUGACAGCACAAGUCAUAGCCAAGUGCCCAGAAAAUAUAGCAAGUGUCUUCAAAAGAGAAAAGCAUGAGAGGUCAUGGAGUACAGAACAAGAGAGGACGUUGUUGGAGACCCUGAACAGUGUUCUGUUUGAGGAUUACAAGUUACGGGGUAAUUCUGAAAACUACUAUGAUGAACUCAAUUCCUAUAUUCAUCAGGUGUUGUCGAGAGGUCUUGGAAUACCAAUUACACUUGCCAUUGUGUAUGCUGUAGUUGCUAGGAGACUGGGAGUUACAUGUCAACUGAUAAACUUUCCUCAACAUCUGCUGCUCAGAUGGAAGGAACACCCAUUGGCAACACCUAAUCAACAGUUCACUUAUAUUGAUGCCUUCAAUCAAGGUAAAUUCUGUACUACGGAAGAGCUACCUAGUGCCUUUGGAUUUCCGGGAAAUAGGUUCCUUUCUUAUGAGGUUUUUUCUAGGAUAGACCCUAUAGAGGUGUACAGAAGAAUGUGUCGUAACCUGAUAAAUAUUGGUCGCCAGCAAAGCAAUGUCUUGGAUAGUCUCCUUUGUCUCAGAAAUGCCUUAGAUCUUGCCAUCAUCUUAUCACCCAGUGAUAUAGAUACACUACUGUUGAGUGUCCGCGUCAACCUUCACUUAGGUAUCGACCUUUCUCGGACGUCGCAGAUGCUUGAGAAGAUAGUGGAACUAGACGCAUCAAAUGCCCAACUAGUGAAUUAUCUAAGUAUCAAAGUAGAGGAGCAGGGAAAAGCAUACAAAGAGAAGAAAAACAAAGAGAUCAUUCCAAAGAUCAGAUCUGAUGGGAAAAACAAAAACCUAUUGUUCUCUGUGGGCCUAGUUAUGUGUCAUAAGAGGUAUAACUAUAUGUGUGUUAUAUAUGGUUGGGACUAUAAGUGUGAAGCCAGUAAAGAAUGGAUUCAUCAGAUGGGAGUCCAUACCCUACCUAACAAACAACACCAACCCUUUUACAAUGUUCUAGUAGAAGAUGGCUCCUGUAGAUAUGCUGCUCAAGAAAAUCUCACUAUGCCAGAAACAGUGUCACCAGUCAGUCAUCCUGAGGUUGGAAAAUACUUUGAGAGUUUUACAGGCACACAUUAUGUCAUGAACAAUGAAAAGAGCAGAGAAUACCCGGAGGAUGGAGUAGCAACAGAGCAGAGCAUCCUAAAGACUAACCACUGACAGAGGCAAUGUGCAAUAGGGGGAGGAUUUGGAACAAGGGAUUUGUGGUGUAUGGACAUUUUCAUCAAUCAUGGUGAUAGGAUACGUGUUUUGGGACACAGAAAACAUUCAAGGGGAAUGAUCAUGUAGGACACAACUGAUCACAUGUGUAACACAAGAUAGAGGCGUGGCAUACAAUCAUGAAACAAUGAUUUGGAUAAGUCCGGCCUCAUAGUGAUGGACUAGAUGUUUACUCCAAGUAGAAUGCAGAAUAUUGGUGUGGCAUACAGACAUGAAACAAUGAUUUGGAUAAGUCCGGCCUCAUAGCGGUGGACUAUAUGUUUACUCCAAGUAGAAUGCAGAAUAUUGGUGUGGCAUACAGACAUGAAACAAUGAUUUGGAUAAGUCCGGCCUCAUAGCGGUAGACUAGAUGUUUACUACAAGUAGAAUGCAGAAUAUUGGUGUGGCAUACAGACAUGAAACAAUGAUUUGGAUAAGUCCGGCCUCAUAGUGAUGGACUAGAUGUUUACUCCAAGUAGAAUGCAGAAUAUUGGUGUGGCAUACAGACAUGAAACAAUGAUUUGGAUAAGUCCGGCCUCAUAGCGGUGGACUAUAUGUUUACUCCAAG